CAGAGACUCUGCAUUUCGAUGCUAUAUCGCUUUGUGUAAUAUUUAGCUAGAAAAUAAUAAAGGUGUAUUAUUCUGUGUGUAUUUUAAGGAUUACUUUUAUAAAUGAAAAGUAAAGAUAUGUUCCUGUUUAAUGUAAAUAGUUAACGCUACGGCCGCCUGCACUGAGCGGCUUUUUAUUUGAUUUUUCCCCCAUUAUUUAGCCUAAACUAGCUAACUUAGCUAACCAGCUGGCUGGGGUUAUUGCUAGUUAUGCUAGUUGCUCUAAUUAUGUUAAUUAGCGACGCUAGUAGUAAUAGUAAUAAGAGUAAUUUGUAAUGUUUUAUUUUUUGUCUAUUUAUUUUUUGCUUUAAUAUACUGCGUGUGAGAGGACUUUUAUUGUUUUACUGGAACGGGUGUUUUUCUUUAAAGAGAGAAAGAGAAAAGUGUUUAGUGUAGAAAUAGUUUGAUGUGAAAUAUAGUGUUAGAUAAUACCCAGUGUUAGCUGUGCUAAGCUAAAGGGAGUUAAAGGGAGUGUACUUAGUUAGAGAAUGCUCAUGUGUUCCUGUGAUAAAGUGGAUUUUAAUCCCAUCACACAACGCAGAGUGUACGAAGCCGAGCAGGAUCAUGGACUUGGGGCGCCUUCAUCAAACGGGAGGACUCCCUCCUCAUCAUCAUGAUCGUCGUCAUGAGUGCAGCAUGUGAGAAGAUUUGAAGGUUUCUGAAUCAUAAAUGAUCAGUAAACGGUUAAUUAAAGGAGUCAUAUGUUAGUGUGUCCUAGAAAACCACAGAUUUUGCAAUCGAGUGUGUUUUGAAACCGACUUCGAAACACAGGAGGACUUCGCUUUAAAAACCCAAACCAUGUGGUGAAGCUGUCACUCUCUCUGAACUAAACCAGGGUUUAUUCAAUCACUCCUGCUCAAUGGAUAACCCCAUUCCCAUCCCCAUGCUGAACGUCCUCCCGCCGUCCUCAGAUAACGACUCCUGGUCUCCCUCAUCCAGCCCGCUUCCUCGCCGGCACCGGAUUCGGGACUUGACCGGCAAUAAACGCAGAACCCGAGCUCAGGAGGAGGAUGACCCAGGAGAUGGGGACAGGGGCAGGAGCAAGAAGAGGGAGAAGAUGAUGGGGAGGAGCCACUCGCCUGUCAGUGUAGAAGGGGAAGGGUUUGUUGAGGAAUUGGCGAGUAACUCCGCCUCCUUCCUCCUGACUCCAUCUAGGUGUUCCUCUCCGAGCACCCGGCGGUCUCGGUGGUCACUACGCAGUUUUCUCUUGAAGGACUCAGACUGCGAAAGCUGCAGUACGGCCAGUAACUCUCCCCGCAGCACUCCGGGCAGUUCUCCGUCUCUACGGCGACGGGUGCUGGGUGGGCGCGCUAGCGAAGGCGAGGGGCAGAAUGAGCGCACCGGAGGGGGCGGAGUUGACAGCUCUUCACUGCCCACAGCCUCGUCCUCUUCCUCAUUACUCCCUACACCCUCCUCAUCUACCUCCAGCUACCCAAUCAGCUCGCGGCACUUCACCCGCAAUGCCAAGAAAAUGCAAAGCUGGUACAAUGUUCUCAGCCCCACCUAUAAACAGAGGAACGAAGAGUUCCGAAAACUCUUUAAGAAACUUCCAGAAACAGAGCGGCUGAUUGUAGAUUACUCGUGUGCUUUGCAGAAGGACAUCCUGCUGCAGGGACGUCUCUAUCUGUCUGAGAACUGGAUCUGCUUUUACAGCAACAUCUUUCGCUGGGAGACCACGAUCACCAUCCUGCUGAAGGAAGUGACGAAUCUGUCAAAAGAGAAAACAGCUAAACUCAUUCCAAACGCCAUCCAGAUCAACACAGAGCAGGAGAAGCACUUCUUCACCUCUUUCGGAGCGAGGGAUCGCAGCUUCAUGAUGAUCUUCAGAUUGUGGCAGAAUGCACUAAUGGACAAAACACUGUCUCCUAAAGAGCUUUGGCACAUCGUACACCAGUGUUAUGGCACAGAGCUUGGGCUGACGAGCGAGGAUGAUGAUUACGUCUCUCCCACCGGCGAGCAUGUCAACGGCCUGCUGCCAGGUGAUGACUCCUCCUCUGAUGUGAUGGAUCCCUCCUCAGCUUCGGCAGCUCCUGGAUCUUCUCCUCCAUCCUCGUCUUCCUCUUCCAUUCCACAGCCAACAGAGGUUCAACCACCCAAACAGAGCGCAGAGCCGGAGCCAACCCCUAAUACACACUCCACCACACACUCCACUCCCCCCGCGUCCACCACUGCUGCUAACAAUUUGGAGGAAGGUGGGCAGGACGGUCAGACUGAACAAACCAAUCAGGUGGCACCAGUGGCUCACGUGUCAUCGCUGGAGAUGACCAACGAUGAGGACCUCCCCACUGACCCGAGCAACUCGUCUGACACGCAGGAAGAGAGUGAGGUGGAGUCGUUCUGUGGUGACCUGCGAGGCCGGCUCCACAUUAACACUGUAGUGAGGAUGAGUGUGGACAAGCUGUAUGAGCUGCUCUUCUCUGACACACACUUCCUGCAGCACCUCUUCACCCAGCGCAGCUUCACCGAUCUGUCAGUACAGGAGUGGCAGAAAGACAGCAGCAGUGGGAUCAGCACUCGAGUUUUAAGUUACACCAUCGCCAUUAACAACCCCCUCGGCCCUAAAACAGCCCCUGUGGUGGAAACACAGACUCUCCAUAAGAGCAGUUCUCGAGGUGUGUGUUAUGUGGUGGACUCGGAGGUGAUCACGUCAGGAAUCCCGUACCAGGAUUACUUCUACACCGUACACAGAUACUGUCUCACCUCCGUCAGCACUCAGAAGAGCCGCCUCAGGGUCUCAUCAGAUAUCUGCUACAGGAAGCAACCAUGGAGUUUGGUGAAGGCUCUGAUAGAGAAAAAUACCUGGAGUGGAAUAGAAGAGUAUUACAGACACAUGGAGGUGGAGGUGUGUAAGUUGGAGACUCUGCUCCAGUCCAAGGUGUCGGUGGUGUGUGUGGGAGAAUCAGAAACAGUUAAAGCUCCUCCUACACUGCGCAGGCGGAAACUCACCGGCUUAAAACGGGCGGAGGGGGCGGUACCUGGGGGCGGAGUUACCGAGCAAGGGGGUGUUGCUCAAAGGGAGCGCAGAGACACAGGUGCACAGUACCUGAAGGUGGGUGAGAGGUGGCGAGGUUCAGCAAACAACAACAGCAUCACCCUCCUGCUCAUCAUCAGCUUCAUUCUGGUGGUUUUGGUAGCUCUGAACAUGAUGCUGUUCUAUAAGCUGUGGGCUCUGGAGCGAGCUGCUCACACACUUGAGACGUGGCAGUCAUACUCACUGUCAGACAGUCCUCUCCCCCAGUCAUCCUCGGAGUGGAUGAAGGUUCUGCAGUUACAGCGUCAGUUCCAUCAGGCACAACUGAACAAGUGGCAGCAGAUCCUGCACUCAUCAGUCACACUGCUCGACCAGAUGAAACAGUCUCUGGAAAAUCUACACAGAGGAAUAAUCAGAUCUGAGGAACAGGAAGCUGUUGCUCCUCCUCCAUCUGAACAUCCAACAUCACACACAACAGACACACUGACUGAGCAGUGACACACACACACACACACACACACACACAGCCAUUCUCUGAUCAAUAGACUGUGAUCAUGUGAUUGGGCAAAAUUACCCAGAAUGCUCAGCUUCUCCUACUGGGACUAACUGUGAAUGCAGCGCUGCCUUUCCUUCUGCCCUACACCCUACACCUUUACUUACUAAAGCAAUAAGUCAGUGGUGGUUUGGGACAGAGCCAGACUGGUCACUCCUAGCAUUGACCUUUAAACUGGUACAUGAUCUCCACUGAAUCACUGUUACACACUCUCUCUCACACACACACACACACAGAGAGUUUUAAAAGGAAGAGGCAGGCCCUCAUUCUUCAGAGCUUCUUCCUGGUUUUCUGGGGUCAGAGUUCACAGACCCUGCCCCCUCCUCAUCUACAGACUGAUGUUUUAUCUUCCUUCAGCAGCAUGAUCAUUCCCUCUUGUAACGAUUACCCAGAAUGCUCAGCUACAACAUGCUUCAAUUUUUCUGCUGAAAGACUGGAACUUGAGAGACGGUGCGAUUGACCGCUUCAGUAUUUAUUUCUCUAACUACAAGAAAUGGUGUGUGUCUCUGUGUGUGUGUGUGUGUGUGUGUGUCUGUGUGUGUGUGUGUGUGUGUGUGUCUGUGUGUGUGUCUGUGUCUGUGUGUGUGUCUGUGUGUGUGUGUGUGUCUGUGUGUGUGUGUGUGUGUGUAAGAGCGACAGGAAUCAGGAUCAAGACCACAACAGCAAUAAUCUUGAAGAGGAAAUGUGUAAUAUUUAUCAUGAAACACAGAGCUGCUUGUAUGUGACGUAAAAACACUGUUACACUCAGUGACAGGGUCUGAAAUUAACUCCGCCUCCUCACACAACGCCCUUAAACAACCACACCCACAUCAUCCUGGUGAACUCCGCCUCCUCACACAACGCCCGUAAAAAAACACACCCACAUCGUCCUGGUGAUUUAUUCAUAUUAUUGUAAUCAAAGUCUUUUUCAAAGUGUUUUAUUUUUAAACAGAAUUUACAUAACUCUGCCCACAAGAGAGAUAGGAUGAAAAGCUACGUACACUAUGUUGCCAAAACAGCCUUUACAGCUAUAACAGCUUCAACCCUUCUGGGAAGACUUUCCACAAGGUUUAGGAGUGUGUUUAUGUGAAUUUUUGACCAUUCCUGGCUCUCAGUCUCCCCUCUAAUUCAUCCCAAAGGUGUUCUAUGGGGUUGAGGUCAGGACUCAGUGCAGGCCAGUCAGGUUCCUCCACACCAAACUCACUCAUCCAUGUCUUUAUGGACCUUGCUUUGGUCACUGGUGUACAGUCAUGUUGGAACAGGAAGGGGUCAUCCCCAAACUGUUCCCACAAAGAGCAUGAAAUUGUCCAAAAUGUCUUGGUAUGAAGCUGAAGCAUUAAGAGUUCCUUUCACUGGAACUAAGGGGCCGAGCCCAACCCCUGGAAAACAACACCUGAACUCAGUGAUUUAGAGGGGUGUCCCAAUACUUUUGGCAAUGUAGUGUACCUGUGCCCUAAAAUAAGACAUCACAGAUACAGGACUAAACAUUUUUUUAAUUAUUUAACAUCUGAAGGGAAUUCAGUCUUCCAGUCCACAAGGAGGCGCAGUAGCGUUAAUAAAGUUAGAAUUGUCAAAAUUCUAAAAUUGUAAUAUAUUUUAAAAAUAUAUUUAAAUGAAUGAAUAGACACAGAAGAAUUCCUUCAGUGAGACAGAAGUUCAUUUCAGACCCCGCCUCUUUCUCUUAGAAUUAUAUUUAUUUGAUGUUCUGUUGAGUCGCUCGGCGUGUCGCACGCCUCUGUCCUUGUUGUAUUUUAUUGGAUCAAGACUUGAAGUGAUCAGGGUUACUGUAGAUCUGCAGGCGUGUCCAUCAUCACCAUGUUCAUCCAGACACACCCACUCAUCCUGCAUCUGGAGUGCUGGCAGGAUCUACCACGAGAUCUUCAACCAAAUAUGGGUCAGAUCUUUAGAACGAUCAGUAAUCUGAUUAAAGACGUCAGGAGUAGCUGAACCUGAUAUCUGACAGAAUAGCAGAGAAACACUGGAAACACCAGAGCUGGUUCAUCCCCAAAUAUUCCCUUUAGUAUUAAAGUUUGAUAAAUCUGAAAUAAAAGAUGUAGAUUUUGAACAGAA